GCGCUAUCAUCCAAAACAGCAGGUCGACGGGAACUCCCCGGGUGUGCUUCACAGGUCCCCGCUCUGCUGUGGCUUGAGUGGGUUUCAGUGAGAGCAUUUCAGCCAUAACUUGCGUCAGCCCGGAUUCUCCUCCCAACAACCCCAAACUCUCAAUAUCAUUAUCAGCAACAGAAUGAAGUCGGAAGCGGCGCCAAUGCUGCCUCUCGGUGCGGGCUCCCAACAGGGGACCCGGAACCACUCCCGGGGCAAAGGUUUCUUACUCGCUUUUUUGGCUCUAAUUUUAUUCUCAAUCACUUUUCUGGAUCUCGGGUCUCUCGAGCGACUCUUGACAGGAUCAGUUCGACGAGAGCAAGACUUCAGAUCCGGAUGUGCACAACCGGAGCCUUUAUUCCCGGGCGAGAACCGAGACCUCGAGAAAGUGUACGACCACAUCAGCAGCAGCGCCUUCAGGAAUGCCACCAUCAAACGUCUUUCUGCCGCCGUCCAGGUCAAGACGGAGUCCUUUGACGAUUUGGGGCCCAUCGGCGAGGAUGCGCGAUGGGAUGUCUUCUACGCCUUCUAUGAGUUCCUGGAAAAGACUUUCCCUCGUAUCCACAAGGAGCUGUUGGUGGAGAAGGUCAACACCCACGGACUGCUGUACACAUGGAAGGGCAGUGACAAGUCGCUGAGGCCAACACUGCUCAUGGCUCACCAAGACACGGUGCCAGUGCCCCCUGAAACCGUUGACUCGUGGACAUACCCUCCUUGGAGUGGAGAGUUCGACGGCACGCACGUCUGGGGCCGCGGCGCCAGUGACUGCAAGAACCAGCUGAUCGCUACUAUGGAGACGCUCGAGCUACUCCUUGAGGCCAAGUUCCAGCCACAUAGGUCUAUUUUGCUUUCCUUCGGCUUUGAUGAAGAGUGCUCUGGCCGGCAGGGAGCGGUGCAGCUGUCCGCCUUCCUACAGGAACGCUACGGAACCGACGGGAUCGCGGCGAUCAUCGACGAGGGUAGCACCUUUGAACAGGCUUGGGGGACACUCUUCGCCAAGCCCGGUACGGCUGAGAAGGGCUACACCGACGUUGAAAUCACAGUCCGGACGCCCGGCGGGCAUUCCUCCAUCCCCUCCGACCACACCAGCAUCGGCGUCCUCAGUGAGCUGAUCACCGAGAUCGAGGCCGAGCAGUACCGCACCCGCCUCGUCGACUCCAACCCCUACUACACCCAGCUCCAGUGCGGCGCCGCCUACUCGCCCGAGUUCCCCAGCAAACUCAAGAAGCUCCUCCGCCACCGCCGACCCGACCACAACACCUGCCACGCCACCAAACCCGACCGCCUCGCGCUCGAAGCCGCCAAACAGGGCCCCGACAUCAAGUACCUCAUGCAGACCUCGCAAGCCGUCGACGUCAUCUCGGGCGGCGUCAAGGUCAACGCGCUCCCGGAGCGCGCCAGCGCCGUCGUCAACCACCGCAUCAACGUCGGCGAGACGACCCAGGUGGUCAAAGACCGGCUUACCGCGGUCGCCGGGGCCGUCGCGCGCCGUCACAACCUCACCCUGCACGCCUUCGACGGCGCCGAGGAGGCGCCGGGUUCCAUCAUCCUCUUCGCGUCCGACCACGAGCUCGAGGUCGCGCCCAUCACGCCGGCGGAUGGCGCCAACGAGAGCCCCUUUUCCGUUCUUGCUGGAACGACGCGCGCGUUGUACGGGAGGGAUAUGGUCGUCACGCCGGGGAUUAUGACGGGGAAUACGGAUACCAGGUAUUAUUGGGAUUUGACGCGGCAUAUUUUUCGCUUCUCGCCGGGGUAUGAUCCUGAGGACGGGCCGGGGCUGGGGAAUAUUCAUACCGUGGAUGAGAAGGUCAGCGUGGUGAACCAUGUGAAUGCUGUGCGGUGGUUUAUGCUGUUUGUGAGGAACAUGGAUGAGGCUGAUUUGUAGCGCUCUGCUCUUGAGCAUGGUGACGCUUGUAGCUUGAAGUGAGAAGGCGUGCUUGGGAAGGGCUUGUGCCCGGAAGAUUGUGAGGGUAAUAUGCACAUGUACGUACCAAGAUCUCUCGAGGGUUAGUUCCUUAAUUGUGCGAUGGUUGUAUCAAGUCGGUUCUAAAGGGACACCGCCCGGGAUAUAGACUAGAUUGUCUUCCUAAUCUCAAAAGAAGCGGCGGACCCAUGAUUCUUCACUACAUCCCCCGCCGUGAGCCAUGGCCUUGAGCUAAGC